ACCUUCCAGCACCACGUUACUUUUUCACUACAAAAUCCUUAGCAAAGUAAGCAUACCAAACAUGAAUAGAUUGAGCUUAGAUGUUUACUAUCUUAUCGUUGAAGCCGUAAGUUGUCAACUCAAUCAGUAGUCUGACUUUCUAACGAACAAUGAUUCAGCUGGACACACGCCAAGAUCUCAAAAAUGUGUGCUUAGUCUCAAAGGCAUUCCAUUCCCUAGCCACACCAGUACUAUAUCGGUCGAUUAUAUUAAAGGGCUCGGAUAAAUUCCGGAGAACAGACUGGGAUAUAUCGGCCGAGGACGGGAAAUCAGAGGAGCAUACGCGAAGUGCUUGCCAUGGUCUCAUUGACCGACUGCUUGAUGAGCGAAAUGGAAGGAUACGUGUUGCGGUACGCGACCUCACCAUCGAGUGGUUCCAGGGGGCAGAAGACAGUGAAAGAAUUAUGCACAAGCUUGAGCAGCCGGACAAUAUCCUAAUCCGCUUCGUCAAACAGCUGCCCAAUUUAGAAAACAUGUUCUUCUAUGAUACAAGGAUCCCUUUGACCAAAAGCAUUCUAGAUACUCUCUGGAACCACACCAAUAAGCCAAAGCUUCACCUAAUGAGUGAGUGUGGGACAACGCAAACAGAUAUAAAAAUGCCGUGUGUUCAUACACUUUGUACCCGCAUCGAUGGAUUCUCUACGAGCACAGGGGCGGACCAGCAGCGACUGGCACUCCGAGAAGUCUUCUCCGCCUGUCCCAAUCUGUAUUCGCUAUCUAUAUCCAUUUCCUUCUUUUGGUCUGGCUGCGUGAUGCCCAGCAUCCUACCCACAACAGAAAUUGUGCCCCUGCAUCUGACAGAAAGCGAGACCAUUCCGCCCUUGCGAGAACUUACAUUGAGUGGAUAUAAUAUACGUGAAAAUGAAUGGGUACAUUGGAGAGACAGGUUUCCCUGGUCCAAUCUGGAAUCCCUCACUUUAGGGCCAGAGGAAAGUCAUGAUAAUCUAAAACUAAUGGCUGGACAUGUACACACUUUGAAGUCUUUCGCAAUUUCGGCUUUUGAUAAUCAUAGAUUGGACAAGUGUGAUGAGCUUGAGAAUUUUGUGGCCUCGUUCAAUUCUUUGGAAAGCCUGACUGUCAAAGGGUACUUCCUGCCGGUCACUGCCGUGGCGUCUCAUCCAAAUCUGAGGCACUUUUGCUUACAUACCAUCGAAACACCUGAGCGAGAACGCCCUACGCCUAAGAAAGGUGACAUCGAAUAUCUCGAUGAACAUUGUCAGAAACUCGCGUCGUUGGAACUCGAUAUUUCCCGCGAGAAGCAUUGGCCCAACGAUAUUGCCAAUACUAUUGCAACGAGAUUCACCCAUCUUCGUGAACUUUCCUUUCAUGUCGGUUUGGGUAUUCGACGCAUGUUCGGGUCUCAGAAUGACACUUUUGAGAGCCGUAGAAACAACCUGAAGCCACAUCCGAAACUAGACCAUUCCGCUUCGAAAGAUUUUGCACGAGGAUUUUUCGCGAGCCGAGGCCCAUCAUCAAAAUUGCAAAAGUUGUCCCUAUACACUGGCGAGAGUUUACGGAGGUUUCCACAAUGGCAACCCGAAUAUGCAGAUUUCGAAGAUGAACAUCGGCGGUCAUGUCAAAUCCGUCCCCCGCAGGUUCCAGGCGAAGAUUUCGAUAUUUUCGUGAAAGAUGAAAGUUUCUCAUACGACGAUCUGUAAUGCUUACUUGCUGCGAUGGAAUUGGGUUUAUUAUAUGACCAAUAGAAUUCCGC